ACUUUUGCCGUCCUCCUGCCCCCGUGGAGGAGGACGCAGCUGACUGACUUUUGGUAUUAUCGCUUUAUCGUGAACGACACAUCGCACGAAUUUGCGUAUCAAUGAGAUAACUCGACUUAAAUUAUUCUUUUCACGUGUGCGCUCCAGACCGACGUAGUAAUAGAGGCUCCGCUUUGCGCGGGAUAAGGAUCACAAAAUGCAGAUCCAGCUCGCCGAGAUUCCACGCGCAGAUAUCGGCGAUCUAUAAAUUCGCCCAAGUGAACCCCUGUCGAGUCCUCUCUUCCAAUUCACCAUCGGCGUCUUCUUUUUUUUUAACUUGGGGGAUCUCGGUGAUACAUCUCGGGCCGUUCGUCAGCGAGCUCGCUCCAUUUAAACCCCGUAGUUUUUAAUUAACAUUCCAUUGUCCGAGCGCGUCCUUAUUGUGACCUUCGUAGGACGCAACGCGACGCUGCUACAUGAUGUCACGGGUCAGCUGUCGCAUCCAUAGACGCGCACCGUUGCUCCCAUUUAUUCUUUCAUUUCGACUCGCGGGCUCUUAAUUCGAGUUUUACGAGUCUUUUGUUUGCUUUCGCCUUUACGCCCGAUUAAUGCUGUUUGUUCUCCUUCUCUCACCAGACAAGAGCUAGGGCAUCACGAGCUCCCUGACAAUUCUCCCUUAUUUAUUUAUCUUUUUUAUUUGCACUUGUGGCGAAUUACCGUUUAUUGCGUCGACGAAGACGCGCGAAAGCGGACUUGAGGACACUUUGUGGCGUCUCGGGGAAAGACGGGUCAAACGGAUGACCCACUUACUUACGCAUUCCCGCACGGGGACGGAUUACAGUAUUUGCAUUAAUUGCCCGUCCCUCAAUGAACGGCGCUCGUCUCCGCGAGGAGACCGCGAUCGGGGACACUCGAGAGAUCCUUCGUCUACGCGCGCACAGAAACGGUCGCCGAUGCAGUUCUCGGAAGCAUGUAAAACGAGGAGCACAUCGGAGAUGUGGACCGUACACUGCCAAAAUUUAGUGUUCAUCGCUUUUGUGUUCUUGCCCUCCGUCGUGAGAGGCGUCCCGGAUUAUUCUGGAUUGCCACCGGGACCGUAUUGUGCUUCGAGAUAUCCUGGGGGCAGUUGCUGCCCAGGCCGGCAGGAUGACUGCAGCGCGCCAAUCCUCAAGACGUUAUGCUACUGCGAUGAUUUUUGCGACCGAAGCCGCGAAGAGGACUGCUGUCCGGAUUACUGGUCCCAUUGCAGAGGGAUGCCGAACGUCACGUUGCCGCCCUUGCAGGAAGUCAGAAGAUGCUCAUUCCAGGGAAAAAAUUACGAUCAGGAGCAAACGUUCAAAGUUAAUUGUAACACAUGUAAAUGCACCUUGGUCGAUAAACGCGCCGAAGUGCUCUGCGAAGAGAAUCGGUGCUUGAUCGAGCCGGAAUUGUUGGAAGAGGUCAACCAGCAAGAACCCAUUCUAGGAUGGCAAGUGGGCAAUUAUUCCGAAUUCUGGGGAAGGACCCUUCGGGACGGCGUGGAGCUUCGCUUGGGCACUCUCAAUCCUUCGCAAUCUGUGUACAAAAUGAACCCGGUGAAACGUAUUUACGACCCGGACGCGCUACCACGGGAGUUUGACUCCAGGACACGCUGGUCGCGCGACAUAUCCGGCAUCCAUGAUCAAGGAUGGUGUGGCGCAUCCUGGGCCGUGUCCACGGCUGACGUUGCGUCCGACAGAUACUCGAUCAUGAGCAAAGGCGCCGAGGCCCCGGAGCUGAGUGCCCAGCAACUGCUCUCUUGCAACAAUAGGGGACAGCAAGGCUGCAGAGGCGGUUAUCUCGAUCGCGCCUGGCUCUUCAUGAGAAAAUUCGGACUGGUGGACAAGGAGUGUUAUCCUUGGUCCGGUAAGAACGAUCAAUGCAAACUACGUAAGAGAAGUACUCUAAAGGCCGCCGGUUGUCGAAAGCCAUCACACCCAUUGAGAACUGAAUUGUACAAGGUCGGUCCGGCUUACCGUCUGGGCAACGAGACUGACAUUAUGCAGGAGAUUCUGACCUCUGGACCCGUGCAAGCUACAAUGAGAGUUUAUCAGGACUUCUUUAUCUACAAGAGCGGGAUAUACAGGCACUCUCGAAGUGCAGAAUUACACGAUUCCGGUUAUCACUCGGUGAGAAUAAUCGGUUGGGGCGAGGAGAGGUCUUAUCGCGGUCCACCGCUUAAAUAUUGGCUGGUCGCGAACUCCUGGGGAUACAAUUGGGGAGACAACGGGCUCUUCAAGAUUCAAAAGGGAACGAACGAGUGUGAGAUCGAGUCUUACGUGCUGGCGGUAUGGGCCAAGACAGUGUAAAAGAAAAAGAAAGAAACAAGGAAGAUACCAAAGUACUAGAAUAUCCGAUUGUCAUAACCACUGUUGGUGCAUUUAUUGAAUCUCCGUCGUUGGUCCGUCGUCGUGCGCAAUGAUGCGAUUACCUCGGGGACGAUGAACGAUACAUCGAUGUUGGAAAGUAUGUGAUUCAGUGCCUUCGUUACACACCUUAUUACACAUAAGAUCAGGAAAGUGGGAGGGAGGGAGGAGGAAACGGGAGGGAGACAGAGCUGUUUAUAACUAUUUAAUAUAAGUACGUGGAUAUAGUUGAAAAGAAAAUGUCGUCGUUAUUUUCUCAUUAUUCGUAGACAAUAACAAUCAUUUUACAUAGAAACGCGCGCGUCGAUGAUCGAUAUGUGGCGCAAAAGUCAUGUCUUUCACGCGUAAUAUCAUCUAUGUGUCGCGGUGACUUCGACGUGUAAGAAGUACUAAGUGCCAAGCGCUUGAAAUAAAUUUUAUAAGUACGUAAUAGCCUUUCACUUCACGUUAAACGAUGUGAUAUUUCUACUCGCAGAGAUAAAUAAUUUGCAACGAUUAA